AUGGGGAACACCAAGAGCAGCGCCCUCUCCAAGGAGCUUCUGGAGGAGCUCAAGUCCAACACCAAGUACUCAGAGGCCGAGCUGGUCACAUGGUACCAGUCGUUCCUGAAGGAGUGUCCUGGAGGCAAGAUCAGCAAGCAGCAGUUUGAAGGCAUCUACGCCAGCUUCUUCCCCAACGCCGACCCCACGGCGUACGCUCGCCACGUGUUCCGCAGCUUUGACACUAACGCUGACGGGACGCUGGACUUUAAGGAGUACAUUGUGGCGCUGCACCUGACGUCUGGAGGAAAGACGCUGCAGAAGCUGGAAUGGGCCUUCGCUCUGUACGACGUGGACGGGAACGGAACCAUCAGCAAGAGCGAGAUCCAGGAGAUUGUCCGGUCGAUCUUCAACAUGAUCCCAGAGGAGGACCAGAAGAGUCUUCCUGAGGACGAGAACAGCCCAGAGAAGAGAGCGGAGAAGAUCUGGACCUACUUUGGCAAAAAGGACAAUGAUAAAAUCUCGGAGGGAGAGUUCAUUCAGGGAGUGAUGGACAACAAAGAGAUCCUGCGCCUGAUUCAGUACGACGAGCCGCAGAAGAUCAAGGACAAACUGAGAGAGAAGAAAAACUGA